AUGCCACCUGAAGCUUUUUUGGAUGGGUUGUUCACUUCAAAAACUGAUGUUUGGGCUUAUGGAGUUUUGCUAUGGGAAAUCUUUUCGCUUGGUUACAUUCCAUAUCCAGGACGUGAUAAUUUAGAGGUAAUGAGGCUUGUCGUUGCUGGUGAUCGGCUUGAUCCCCCAAUCGGUAUUCAAGAUGAGAUUUAUGAGCUGAUGCUCCGCUGUUGGAAUACAGAGUCUGAGCAGCGUCCAAAAUUCGCAGAUUUGGUCUGCAAAUUUGAGAAUUUACUUAAAGUAUGUUUAAAAGUUUCAAACAAUUUCAUAAGGAAAUAA